UGUAUUAAUAAUGUUUGAUUUUAAUUGGUUUUUACUAUACAUUACUGGUGUUGUUGUUGUCGCUGUCGGUGUCGGUACCGGUCCGGCAAACUUAUCGCCCGUUUUUUGUCUGACCAAACACUUUGACUCGAUCUUCAAUUACGGCCCGAAAUUGAUGAUCAAAUCGAAACUAACUAACAGUGAUCGCUGGCUAUGGACUUACAGUAUACCGAACCAGUCAUUUUCGGAGCCACCGGUCCGCGAGUCGACCGAUGGCGACGACUGGUCACUGAUGACCAGUUUCUACGUAUCAGACAUUGCCUACUGUGGUGUCGGUGCCGACAGUGAUUGCCGUCAACAACGAAAAGCAUACAAAAUGUAUUUUACUCGCGAAUACAGCGACCGAUCGGGUAUUGAACGGACAAUUGUCCGUAAAGUUAUGGACAACAACAACGGCGCCGACGACAUUGUUGUCUCGCCUCAGGACUAUCCGUGGGGUUUGACCAGCGAUACGGAUAUCGACAAAAUAUGGCCACAAAACUGGAACAAUGAUCGCAAUAAAGCCCGUAACAGUGUCUUCAGGCCCGCCGCCGGCGGCAAAUUUGAAGUAAUGUUUAUCGUCUAUAAUGCCAACGAACAUAUGUCGGCACUAAUCUGGUCGGACAUACAUGUGCCGAACUGGUACGAGUCGACAAUGAUGUUGACCUCCAAACUCAAUACAAAUGUACGUUUUGCGGGUAUGUUUUGGUACGGCGGCCAAGUCUACGCUGUCGGCGAUCGGCCACUCGAUAACGAUCUGACCAGUUAUGUUUUUCGGCUAAAUGUGGCGGCGGACACCCGCUAUGGUGAUCGUAGAGAGCUUAUCAAUACGACAAAAACGGUUACCGAGUUUUUCCGAUGCAAACCAGACACUACCACAACAGCAACAACAAUACAUAUAACAUCAUCAUCAGCACCAGGAGGUGGUGGUCCAGGUCCCGGUCAGGUGGCGGCUAAUGUUGAUCAUACACCAGCAGCAGCAGCAGCACAUGGAUCCAUAACAUUGAUAAUAAUAAUUAUUGUUGUUGCCGUAGUUUCCGGUCUACUGAUCCUAUUGUUUACGAUUAUUAGCUGUGUAUAUAUUAGACAAAAAGGUACUGUUAUUCGGCUCAGGGAUAUCAACACAACAACAACAACAACAGCGGAUAUGAAUAGUCAGAAAAGUGGUCAACAAACGAUACGGUCGGUUAAUAAUAGUCUGGGUCCCAGUCGUGCAGUCGGUUUGGACGACUCGUCCGAUAAUAUGACAACCGUUUCCGAUAAACAGAGUUCAGCUACAAGUAGUUCAAAACUAUUAACGAGCUCUCAAUCGACUAAAAAAUAA